UUUCUUCACUUGUUCAGGGAAAUUAGAUUCGAGACACAACAGAAAGCUUUGUGGGUUGCAAUGUCGGCCCAUAUUCGCUGGUUUUUUACGUCGACCCUGGAUUCGCUCGCACACUCUUCUUCACAACCUUUUCUCUUCAAAGUUGGAUGCUUUCAGCCAUAAAGAAAUCGAAAAAUCGAGCCUUGGGAUUUAAUCAAUUGUUUUUUGUGUUCACGCUUCUUAGAUUUUGACGAAAUACUGGUUUUGUCUUGUCUCCCGCUCUUCUGGGGCAGAUCUAACCUGAGGAGAAGGCGAAGGAGAAGAAGAGGAUGAGCGGCCAAACGGCGUCGUCUUCGUCUCCGGCGAGGAAGACGAAGAAGGAGGGUUUGGGAUGGAUAGAGUGGUUUCGAGGAUGGACUAAUGUUUUUCAGGAGAUUCUCUUCCAGAGAAUCAUGGCGUCUCACUUGCAGAACCCUCUUCCUCUUCCUCCUGUCAACGACAUCACCUGCAUUGUCACCGGCUCCACCAGUGGCAUUGGCCGCGAGACCGCUAGGCAAUUGGCAGAGGCUGGUGCACAUGUUGUAAUGGCGGUGAGGAACACAAAGGCGGCUCAGGAGUUGAUUCAGCAAUGGCAGAACGAGUGGUCGGGUAGAGGCCUUCCACUUAACAUCGAGGCAAUGGAACUUGAUCUUCUCUCUCUGGAUUCCGUCGUGAGAUUUGCCGAUGCCUGGAACGCACGUUUAGGACCUUUGCAUGUUGUGAUUAACAAUGCCGGCAUAUUCGCUAUGGGGGAGGCACAAAAGUUCUCAAAGGAUGGUUACGAGCAGCACAUGCAAGUGAACCAUCUGGCUCCAGCGUUGCUUUCAGUACUUCUUUUGCCGUCGCUUAUCCGAGGCUCCCCAAGUCGGAUUAUUAAUGUCAAUUCUGUCAUGCAUCAUGUUGGUUUUGUUGAUCCGGAUGACAUGAAUGUUGUUUCCGGUAACAGAAAGUAUUCGAGCCGCAUAGGAUAUUCAAGCAGCAAGUUGGCACAGGUUAUGUUUAGCAGUGUCCUUUUCAAAAGGCUGCCUAUGGAAUCUGGCAUUAGUGUUGUAUGUCUAUCUCCUGGUGUUGUCCUAACGAAUGUUGCGAGGGAUCUUCCUAGAUGUCUUCAAGCUAUGUAUGCCGUGAUACCUUAUUUCAUAUUUUCGCCCCAAGAAGGAUGCAGGAGCUCCCUUUUCUCGGCCACAGACCCUCAGAUCCCUGAAUACUGCGAAACGCUGAAAGCUGAUGAUUGGCCUGUUUGCGCAUUCAUUUCUCAAGAUUGCCGCCCGACGAACCCUUCCGAGGAGGCGCAUAACCUGGAAACUGCCUACAGAGUGUGGGAGAAGACGCUAGAAAUGGUCGGUCUCCCUCUCGACGCUGUUGAGAAGCUCAUGGAAGGGGAAGAGGUCAAAUGCCGUUACGGUGGGCACAGCGACGAGUAGGUCUUUCGCAAGGUUUCUUAGAAUUGGACCCAGGAGCCUUCACAGGUUGCGGAAGAGAAACAUAGGAUUGGAUGUAUGAGGGAAUUGCUUUAUUUUUGGUCUACCCAUUUCAAAAUGCAGCUCCUCAAUAUACAUGUUUGAGGGAUUAUAUGAUGAGUUAGCUGCAUGAAGAUAAUGGGUCAACGGGGGGUCUCUGUAGGGUUUAUAGGGGAAGGUUUGAUUGUCGGUUUGAGCUCUCUCCCAUUCCAUGAAACUAUUGAAGUUUGUGGCUUUUCCCCCCAAUUUGCUGUCUGAGUAAAGAGUCGUUAGUGUGGUUUGUAUGGAAAUUGGAUUUUCUCAUGUACCCAUUGAAAAAAAAACAGCAGAGGUUUUAUUUGUUCUU